ACUUUGUUUUUUCGCCAGAUCUAUUUUUUCUUUUUCUUCAGAAACAGAAGAAGAAAAAAAACUAUCGAUUCCUUCCCCUUAGCGUUUUCUUCUCUGUCGAUCUUCUUCUUCUCCAACUCACACUCCGGCGUCUAUUAGUCUACCAACCGCGCCUUCAGGGAAAAAGUCAUUUCGGAAACAUGCCGGGUCAGAAGAUUGAAACAGGUCACGAGGACAUGGUCCAUGAUGUGCAGAUGGAUUACUACGGGAAGCGAGUUGCAACUGCCUCGUCUGACUGCACCAUCAAGAUAACCGGCGUCAGCAACAACGGUGGAUCCCAGCACCUAGCUACUUUAACCGGCCACCGCGGUCCUGUCUGGCAGGUCGCGUGGGCCCACCCGAAGUUUGGAUCGUACCUCGCUUCGUGCUCCUAUGACGGUCAGGUCAUACUCUGGAAAGAAGGCAACCAAAACCAAUGGACCCAAGCUCAUGUCUUCACGGAGCAUAAGUCUUCAGUCAACUCCAUUGCUUGGGCUCCUCAUGACCUCGGGCUAUCCUUGGCUUGUGGAUCAUCCGAUGGAAACAUUUCGGUGUUCACAGGCCGUGCUGAUGGUGGCUGGGACACGACGAAGAUAGACCAAGCGCAUCCGGUUGGAGUCACUUCUGUCUCAUGGGCACCGGCUACUGCGCCCGGUGCUCUUGUGAGCUCUGGCUUGCUCGAUCCGGUUUACAAGCUGGCUUCUGGUGGGUGUGAUAAUACUGUGAAAGUGUGGAAGCUCUCAAACGGGUCCUGGAAGAUGGAUUGCUUUCCGGCUCUUAAGAAGCACACGGAUUGGGUCCGUGAUGUGGCUUGGGCACCGAACUUGGGUCUCCCUAAGUCCACCAUAGCCAGUGGGUCACAGGAUGGGAAAGUGAUAAUAUGGACUGUGGGGAAAGAAGGUGAGCAGUGGGAAGGGAAGGUUCUGAAGGACUUUAUGACUCCGGUGUGGCGGGUGUCGUGGUCGUUGACUGGUAACAUGUUGGCUGUGUCCGAUGGGAACAACAACGUGACGGUGUGGAAAGAGGCUGUUGAUGGAGAGUGGGAACAAGUCACCGUUCUGGAAUGAUAUGUUUCGUUAUUUCCUUUACUAAAUUGAAGUCUUUUUUAAAGGAUCUUUUUUCGCAGUCUGGUUUGGUCUAUCUGAGGGAAUGUGGUUGUCGUUUUUUUUCUUAAUUUGGGUUUGUAACAUUUUGGACAUUUCAUCUUUCCUAGCUACUUUUUCUUUUGUUUUCCCCUUUGAAAACCCGAUCUUCAUGAAAUAUGUUAUGUUAGUUUUAAACU